AUGCCACCCAAUAAACGGCCCCGGACAGAACCGAUUGUCCGUGUGAGGACAGGCUGUUACACUUGCAGACGUCGAAAGAAAAAGUGCGACGAAGUUCGACCAUCGUGUGGGGGAUGCGUGCGGAACAAGCUCAAUUGUGAAUGGCCGGUCAACAUACCCGCCAGCGCGACAAGGUCAAAUAGCUCAAACACUUUCCACCAACAAGCUGUACUGGACCAGCCGGGAAGUCCAUGCACAACACGAACACAGCGUGGCUCGUCGGGAUCACCGAGUUCACCAUCCGGAUCGGUGGUGUCUCCAUCCGCGCUGUCGCACGGCUUCGAGGCUGCGGAGGCAUUCUCACCACCUAUGGAUGAACAAGCUCUUCUAGUUCCAAUGAACUAUUCCCAUGCGACUCCGCGAAGCUCCAUCUCGGGGCCGGACUCGCCCACAUCGAUGACAGUUGGGAACUUUAUGCCCCGCAGCCUAUCCAUGCUGCCGGGCUAUAGCCCUGAAUCAUUUCAGCUGCUGAGCCAUUACCUCGCAACAACAGCCGAUGUAAUGGCCAAUGGCUCCACUCCCGUCAACCCUUUUCUGGUUCAGAUCGUUCCGCUGGCAUUCAGCAGUGACCUGCUUCUGCAACUCGUUCUCACACAGAGUGCGGCGCACCGGGCGUUUCGGUAUCGCAACGACUCCGACGAGGUAGCUCAGAGUCAUUACACCAAAGCUUUGCAGCUCUUCCGAAAGGGGGUCACCGAGUUUAUUGAUGGCAAAGAGUCCAACCCGUUAAUGCUGACGGUUGGGGCUCUUGUGAUGUGUUUCACCGAGACAGCCAAGGGGGACAUGAACGGGACGAUAUUUGACCAUCUAUCAGCCGCAAAUUCGCUGCUAACACGACUCCUAUCUCUGAGUGAUGCAGCCGUGCCAAAGGACCUAAAAGACUUUGUCAUUGAAUAUUACACAUACACCGCCGCCGUGAGCAUGAUCUCCAUUGACGCGCGGGUCAGCCAUCAGUUGCUCCUUAACUUCGACUUGGAGCAGAAAGCUCGUCAGCUUCUACAGUCGGAGUAUGUGGGAAAUCUCUGCGGCUGCUGGCUAGAGCUACUGCUCAUGAUCCCGUGCAUCUUCGACCUGGGCCGCCAGUGGAUGAUGCUUGACGGCCAGCCCACCAUGCCAACAGCCGAUGACAUUGCUAUGUUUGGGUCCUUGCAGGCCCAGAUUAUGCGAUGGAAUCCAUUUUCCUUCGUCACUCCUGAGGUCUUUUUGGCGGGUCGGGUCUUUCAACAGGCCAUGUUGCUUUAUCUAUACACCUCUCUGGGGUCGUUCUCCCGAGCCGAGGAUGGCAUGCAUCAGGGUUUGAUCAACACUGCGAUUACGGAGGCAAUGUCGUAUCUGAACCAGCUAUCGGCGACUGCUCGCAUCAACUCCGGUCUCUGCUGGCCUAUCGCGGUGGUCGGAUCCUGCCUAUAUGACAUAGAACAGCAGGAGCAACUACGACAACGGCUGACUACAAUGGUGAACACCUUCGGCCUUGGAAACAUGCAACGGACACUUCUACUUCUGGAAAACAUGUGGCAAAUGCCUCUCGACGAGGCAGGCCCGUGGAAUAUUUGCCGGGCAAUGCAGCAACAUCAAAUCUGGAUCUCGUUCGCAUGA